AUGACAAUAUUACGUUCAUUUAUUGUAUUUUCUACUACAAUAUUAUUUAUAUUUGGUAACUACGAUUCACGUUAUACAUGCUUUAAUGGUCCCUCAUAUUGGUGUUUAAAUGAUACAACUGAAACCGUAUGUAACUUUAGUAAUUUAACAAUUGGACAAUGUGGUUAUACAAGUGGAAAAUGUACAUUUAAAACAGGUAACACAUUUUGCAAAGAUGAUCCAUCCGCACUAGAAUUUAAUGGUGGUUUAACGGGUGUGUAUGACAGUUUAUUUACAUACUAUGUUUUGGCUUUAUAUUGGCCACCAUCAAAUUGUCCUAAAAUUUAUAAUGAAACAAAAGAUUUUCUACGUUAUUUUUGUUCACCUUAUACAAAUGCUGGUCAACCAGGAUCACAACGCUUGGUACUACAUGGUCUUUGGCCUAAUUUUGGUACAGAAGGUAAUUAUCAAGGUUGGCCGCAAUUUUGUUCUAACGUUGAAAAAGAUUGGUCUGUAUGUCAUGUGAAUGGUAAUCUAUGUCCCUGGCAAAAUACAACAUUUUCUAAUUUUACGCAAGAUUACUAUGAAUAUUGUUUAUCAUAUGAGAAUAUUUCACAGUGUCUCGUGAAUCCAGAAGUUGUUGAACAUGAACAAGAACGAUUGAAGUAUUUAGCGCCUGGACAUCUUGGAAAAAGAAAUUUAUUUAUGAAUCAUGAAUGGACAAAACAUGGUUCGUGUUGCUCAAAUGCUUUCAAAAAUAAUAUUUCAAGCUAUUUAGAUAUCAUGUUAAACAUAACUGAUGAAUAUACUCGAAAAGGCAGUCUUACCUAUGAAUAUAUUCAACGCUAUAGUGGUGAAAAAAUCGGCAUUAAUUAUCUUUAUGAACGUUUUAACAAUACCGUUAUAGUCAAUUGUAAACCAAACUGUAACUUAGAUGAAUUGUGGCUAUGUUUUUAUCGCGAUCAUACAACUGGUUUACCAACACAUCCCGUUCAAUGUCCCCCCGGUGCACGUAAUCAAAGCGAUACUUGUAAAAAAGCUCGAUGUGAAUAUGUUUAUAUACCAUUAAUGGGUGAACCAUUAACAUCACAGAGCAGUUCAAAAUUGAUCGACAAAACAUCUAAGAUUCUAUUUGUUACACUAGCAAUUCUACUCCACUAUAUUAAGUAA